AUGGAUCACAGGCUGUCCAGAGGCAGCUGGGUACCGGUGACUGGGCUGGUUGUCUGUCUGCUUCUGUGCGCGUGUGUCGUGGACCUGGUUCUUGCGCAAAUUCGGUAUUCCAUUCCCGAAGAGCUGGAGCACGGAGCUUUUGUGGGCAACAUCGCCGAAGACCUGGGCUUGGAUGUGGCCAAGUUGUCAGCCCGUCGGUUUCGUAUAGUCUCCGGCGCAAAGAGGCAGUAUCUAGAAGUGAACUUGGAGAACGGCAUUCUCUUCGUCAACGAAAAGAUGGACAGAGAGGAGCUGUGCGAACGAAGCCCAAGUUGUUUUUUACACCUACAAGUGGUUAUUGAAAACCCAUUAGAACUGUACAGAGUGGAAGUGGAGAUUUUAGACGUGAAUGACAACUCCCCCAGUUUCCCAUGGAGCGAGUUCAAUCUGGACAUCACAGAGUCGGCUGCGCCCGGCUCCUGUUUCCCGUUGGAGAGCGCACAGGACCAGGACGUGGGCACCAACUCUCUGCGCUCCUACCAGCUGAGCGCAAACGAGCACUUCGUCCUGAACAUCCAGACGCGCAACGAUGGAAGCAAGUUUGCUGAGCUCGUGCUGGACACCCCCUUGGACAGGGAGCAGCAGAAACGGCACGAAAUGGUCCUGACUGCCUUUGACGGGGGGUCUCCGGAACGCUCCGGCACAGCACUGAUAACGAUCACAGUGUUGGACGCAAACGACAACGUGCCCGUGUUUGACCGCUCCGUUUACCGUGCCAGUCUGGUGGAGAACGCACCGAGGGGGACGCUGGUGCUGAAGCUGAACGCCACAGACCUGGACGAGGGCUCCAACGGAGAGGUGACCUACGCGUUCAGCGGGCACGCGCCACUCAAGGUGCGGGAGCUGUUCAGCGUGGACCCGUACACGGGUGAAGUCAGAGUGAAGGGCAUUGUGGACUAUGAGAAAGCCAGUGUGUAUGAGCUGUAUGUGCAAGCGAAAGACAGGGGCCCCUCGGCUGUGGCUGUCCACAGCAAAGUGCUGGUAGACAUCCUGGAUGUGAAUGACAACGCGCCCGAAGUCAUCCUCACAUCGGUGUCCACUCCUGUCCAGGAAGACGCGCCACCGGGCACUGUGAUAGCUGUCAUCAGUGUUAUGGACCGGGACUCGGGAGAGAACGGAAACGUUGACUGCCAAAUUCCGAGCAACGUCCCAUUUCAGCUUCAUUCAUCUUUUAAAAACUACUAUACUCUGGUGACAAGCGAGUUUCUGGACAGGGAAGCGGUGUCCGAGUACAACAUCACCCUAACAGCCCGAGACUUGGGCUCUCCUUCGCUCUCCACCAGGAAAACAAUCCUCGUUCAAGUGUCUGACAUUAAUGACAACCCCCCGCGGUUCUCCCAGCCUUCAUACACGGUGUAUGUGACCGAGAAUAAUGCCCCGGGCGCUUCCAUUUGCUCUGUAACUGCAUUCGACCCCGAUUCCAACCAGAACGCGUAUCUGUCUUAUUCUAUUCUCGAGGGUCAGAUCCAGGGCAUGCCCGUGUCCACUUAUGUCUCAAUCAACUCCGACAACGGUAACAUCUACGCACUGCGCUCUUUUGAUUAUGAACAACUUAGAAACUUUCAGAUUCUGGUCCAGGCGCAGGACGCUGGUUUCCCCCCUCUAGCCAGCAAUAUCACAGUCAACGUCUUUGUCUUGGACCAGAACGACAAUGCCCCCGUUAUCGUUUCCCCGCUUCCCAAAAACGGCACAGUGGCAACAGAGGUGGUCCCGCGGUCAGUGGACGCCGGGUAUCUGGUGACCAAAAUCACAGCGUUAGACGCGGACGCGGGGCAGAACUCCCGGCUGUCCUAUCAGGUGUUGCAGGCUACAGACCCGGGGCUGUUCAGCGUGGCUCUGUACACGGGCGAAAUCAGGACUAUUCGCAGGCUCGUUGAAAGAGAUGCAACAAGGCAAAGACUGGUCAUACUAGUCAAGGACAACGGACAGCCGCCGCUCUCAGCCACCGUCUCCAUUGUCCUCACAGUGGUCGACAGCGUGCCAGAGUCCCUGUCAGAUUUCGGAGACCUCACUCUCAGCCCACAGCCACCCUCAAACCUCGCUCUCUACUUGAUCGUGUCACUGAGCACGAUCUCUUUAAUAUUCCUCGUGGCUAUAAUCGUGCUCGCUGCAGUGAAGUGCUACAAGGACAGGGAGACCAUCAGUGGGUACAACCUCCCCCCGUUCGCCUGCUGCUGUUGCGGCGGGUUUCAGCCCGAUCCGCCUCCGGAGGUGUUCAAAAAAUCCAACCUCAACCUGCAGAUUUCAUCCGCGGCCAAAGUGCAAACGAACUGUAUGGAGGUGAACGGGAACGGCAGUCUGUCUCAGUCAUAUUGUUAUAAAGUGUGCCUGACUCCAGAAUCUGCCAAAAGUGACUUCAUGUUCCUGAAGCCGUGCAGCCCCGGGAGCGCGCCGCGGAACAACGAGGCGAAGAGCGCGGAGAGCUCGUGGACCGCGCACAGCCGAAGCGCAUCUGUGAACAAUGGAGCAACUACUCCAAACGAGCUGAAGCAGCCAAAUACAGACUGGACGCUUACAAAGAAUCAGAACUCCUCCAUCAAAAGUUAUAACUCCAUCAACAUGGAUGGCACCCUCAUGCGCAAGGCCAUGCAUGCUGACCCAGAAAACUACGUCACGUCCAUGGGGCCUGGACAAUACUGGACCUGGGGUACUCAUAUGAGAGGGGUGAAAGACUAUAAGAUGUCUCCUUCGACCAGUGGGGUCCCCUCUCGCCCCUGGACUCCUCGCUGCACACCUCCUCCCCAACAGCAGCAGCCAUCAAUCCCACCCCACCCUCACCCACACCCACACCCACACCCACACCCACACCCACACCCUCACCCACACCCACACCCACCACCUGACUACCACCACAAUGUGUACAUCCCUGGGACACCAUCAGGCUUUUGCACCCUGAGGCCCGCAGUACAGAAAAGCGAGCUGGACGUCCACAAUUCCUUCUCCACAUUUGGCAAGAGGCGACGGCUUCAGAUGUCCCCCCAGGGAGAGGCUGCGAUUAUAAAUAAUGACCUGUACAAUGACUGACUUUUCAACGACUGUCUGAAGGGAUAAUUAAAAUGACAUAUAACCUCAUAUGAAAACAGAGGAAGAGAACAUUCAGCUCAUAUAUUAAUGAACGUAUAAUUUACAAGUUGUAUUAAAAAUACACAU